AUGUCACAGCCCCAACCGGUAUCGAAGCUGCAUCGCGUUGGAAGCGCAUCCAAGAAUCGGAUAGAAAAGUCGAAACCAGCUCGAAGGCGAGCCCCCGCCGCUUGCCAGAGCUGUCGCGCGAGGAAAGUCCGGUGCGAUGUGUCUGAGAGUGGCUCGCCGUGUAUGAACUGUCGGGCGGAUAACCUUGAAUGCAUUGUUACGAUAGGCAAAACCAGAGUUUCAUACGCAGACUCUAAGGUUGAAUCGUAUCUUGGAGGGUUUAUUGCAGGACCCGUCAGAGCAGAUCCUCCUGUCGACACUCGGCGCGAUGGUGAUAGUCAAGUCGAUACUUGGCGUCAAUCUGUUGCCCGCGUGCGGGAUCAAAUCAAUCUGGUUGAAUCAAAUCCUUUCCAUAACUUCCACGCAAAUGAUUUACAAACCGUGAGUGGUGACUUGGUUCUCCCGUCCGUACCAGGUCUUACGAGAGCAAAUGAAAUUGUUUAUUGCAUGCAACCUUAUACAUCUGUGCCUUCUGACUCAUUACCGGCUCCGGUUCCUCUUUACCACGACGACCCUUCGCAAUUACCAGGGUGGAUCAAGCCGCCGUCAUCUCGUAUUGAGCUGGACGAUUUCGGGUACUUACAGAGAUCGGGCGCAUUGAUACUUCCUGACCAACGCUUACGGGACGAGUGUCUAUCAUGCUUUAUAGAAUGGGUGUACCCUUGGAGUCCUAUCGUGGACUUGUCGGAUAUUCUCCGAGCGAUUUCGCGACGAGAUGGUAGUGGCGGACAUGUCAGUUUGCCUGUGUUUCAAGCUAUUAUGUUUGCCGGAGUUGGAUUUGUAGAGAUGGCAUCGCUACGGAGUGCAGGCUUUGAGAGUCGCAAGGAUGCCAAAAAGUCAUUUUUUAGGAAGGUGAAGCUCUUGUAUGAUUUCGGCUAUGAUACAGGGCAAAUUGCGAUCAUACAGACGCUAAUACUGAUGAGCUACUGGGUUGAAAGUGCGGACAGUCAGAAAGACAUCUGGCAUUGGAUCGGCGUAGCAAUCGGCACAUCGACAAAAAUGGGCUUGAACAAAGAUCCUUCAGGUCUAGACAUGAGUCGACAGGAAAUAUCGUUACGAAAGCGUGUUUGGUGGUCGCUUCUUUCGAGGGACCGCUUGACGGCUCUUGCCUUGCGUCGCAACAUACAAAUCCAACAGGAAGACUACGAUAUGCCUCAACUGACUGUCGAUGACUUCUGCAUAAAUGUUCUACCCGACGAUAUUGAAUGCCCGCCUCAAACCACAUUUCCCAGAGAUGCGGAAAGGCAGCAUAAAGUCGCACUGUGGUGUAUCGAGCAAGCUAAGCUGUGUGUCAUCCUAGGCCAUAUUCUUAGGGAUCGCUAUUCCACCGUCUGCAUUGACAAGGGGACGUCCCCCGAAAGCCAAGGCAACAAAAAAACCACUAUGGCUUUGAUGCCGCGGAAAGAUUCCCCGGACGGUCCACGUUUGACACCAUACGAUGUGGAGUUGAAGGAAUGGGCAAGGUCACUGCCAAGUGUUAUCUCAUAUACCAACCCCGAGCAGCCUAUUGUCGACAACAUUGGACAUAACAGCUUUCUGCUCCAUCGUGCAACUCUUGUUAUGCUGUAUUCUACUGCGGUGCUGCUAUUCUACCGGCCUCUUGUUUCGAUGAAUGCGCCAACCCCUGCUGAUUUCUUUGAAAAUGGUGGCAUUCCAACGGAUUCAACAGGGGCUGUAGUAAUCCAAGAGAUACGGACCGCGGCCUUCAGAAUCACCCAGAUUGCUGGAGAACUAUCGGCGAUGGGCCUUGUUCGUUUCUCACAGCCAAUCGGGGUUACCGUGACCUCUUCUGCAGCUGUGGUGCACUUAGCGGCUAUAUACUCACCUUUCAAGAUGAUCCAUGCCGAAGCCCUCUCGAAGUUGUGCAUAUGUCUGUCGGUUAUUGAACAACUUCAAGAGCAGUACAUUGCAGCUGAUCUAUCUUGCCACAUUCUCGUGUCUGGAUUGAGGAGUGCUGGAGUACCUUUACCGGCAAAGCUUGAUUCGACGAGCAUCUCGCAAUAUCUACAAAAGUCAGACUUUGACCCUACUCAGGUAGCGAAGAGCUCCUUUGGUACCCUUUUUGAUCUUCUCAAUGCGAGCGCUAAGCCUCCACAAAAUACUUCCUCACUCGCGGAAAAUUCGAUCAUAUUUGCCAUGGAUCCCACCGUUACCGGACGGAACGAGCAAUACUCCCGCGGGUCAUAUGUGGACACAAGUGCAGGCUUGUAA